AUGAAGGUGGACAAGUUCUGGGCCUUGCUGACAGCUACAGCGAGUUUUGGGAUCGGGCUUGUUAAUGCAGACGAUGAUGAUUUGAGUGUCGGUUCACUUGAUUCUACAAAAGCCGCUGCAACCGCUAUCACCCGUGGUGCAGCGAGAUACUACAGAGGCAAUGAACCUGGCGAAUCGCCUGGUAUCCUGCCCAGACCGUAUACCUGGUGGCACUCGGCAGUAUUGUUCGGGAGCCUGGUGGACUAUUGGCAUUUCACUGGAGAUUCAUCGUACAACGACAUGGUCAAGCAAGGGCUAUUGGCCCAGGCCGGACAGAAUCAAGAUUACCAGCCCGCCAAUCAGUCUGCCGGCUUAGGUAACGAUGAUCAAGCCCAGUGGGGUUUGGCAGCAUUGUCAGCUGCCGAAUUCUCAUUUGACGCUCGUUCUGAUGAAUGGGCUGGGUUCGCCAGGCUUGUUUUUCAGACCCAAGCUAGGCGCUGGGACGACGAGAAAUGUCGUGGAGGGCUUAAUUGGAGAGUAAAUACUUUUUCCGACGGACAUAGUGUUAAAAAUAGCAUGUCUAACGGCGCAUUCUUUGAAUUGAGUUCGAGAUUGGCUCGAUACACGAACAACCAAACCUAUGCAGAAUGGGCGGGGAAGGCCUGGGAUUGGAUGUCGGACAUUGGGUUGCUAACGGACGACUUUAAGGUUUUUGAUGCUGCCGAUGGCAAUACUGAUUGCAAGGAGAUCAAUGAUGACCAGUGGAGUGCUAAUGUUGGCUCCCUUUUGUCUGGCGCGGCUCACAUGUACAAUAUGACAAACGGAGAUUCAACCUGGAAAUCUCGCGUUGAGGACCUGUUCAAGGGAGCGAGCAUUUUCUUCAAACGCGAUAUCAUGUUCGAACCUGCCUGCGAACCGGACGAGAAGUGCGAUAUUCGGCGGAAAACUUUCAAGGCGAUCCUGUCCAAGGCCCUUAGGAACACAGUGCAACUGGCCCCUUUUAUGAACGACCUUGUUCUGCCGAAAGUCGAGGCUUCUGCCAGGGAGGCUGUGGACGAAUGUGAUGAAGAAGAUGGAUAUCACAUGUGUAGCUACGACUGGGUAGACGUCGAUAACGACCGUGAUGACAAAGACGACGACAAUGAUGAUGAUGAGACGCUUGGAGAACAAUUGUCUGUGCUUCAAAUUGUUCUAGCCAAGCUUGCUGGAAUGGGAGAGGGUACUCCGCCCGGCAGACAAUCUUCCCCUGGCGGCUCUCCUGGCGGAGCAAAUUCCAGAGGAACGCCCACCAACGGAGCACCGCCCAGUGCUUCAUCUCCCAACGCCGCGUCGUCAGUUAUGGAUUUGGACAUCCGGCAAUGGGGUGCAAUUGUUGGAAUGACCGCUUUAGCUGCCAUGCUUGCCAAAUGUUAUGUGUGA